CCACACCCUCACCUCCCGGUCACCGCACCAGGCCUCUGUAACCCUGGUCCGAAACCUAGUUAGCUGACCAUGGUUGGAUACUUCCGUUCAGCUCCUGCAGGGCUCUGCUGCUGCGCCUAUUUAUCUCUCUCCCUGGCUGCGGACAUGCCGUUCUCUUCGUUCCGGUUGUAUCGUGACAGUGUAGGUAUCUCUAUAGGCUAGUGGGCGCUGUUGUAUGAGGUAGGCAGUGUGAUCGAGGUGGGUAUGAGCUGCAACGGGUGCCGGGUGCUACGCAAGGGCUGCAGCGAGGGCUGCGUGCUGCGCCCGUGCCUCCAGUGGAUCGACGCCGCCGACGCGCAGGGCCACGCCACCGUUUUCGUCGCCAAGUUCUUUGGCCGGGCCGGCCUCCUCUCCUUCAUCUCCGCCGUCCCUGACGCGGAGCGACCUGCGUUGUUCCAGUCGCUGCUGUACGAGGCGGCGGGGCGGACCAUCAACCCGGUCAACGGCGCGGUGGGGUUGCUCGGGGCCGGGAACUGGCAUCUUUGCCAGGCUGCCGUCGAGACCGUGAUGCGGGGAGGCACCAUCGGCCCGCUGCCGGAGCUUGGCGGGGGCUGCGGCACCGGGAGCGGGGACUUCUACGGUACCGACAAGCGCACCGGCGGGUGGUCGACAUUCUCCACAGCGAAGCGGGUGCGGAAGGCCGAGACGCCAGCGCCAUCGUGCGACCUCGGGCUGUGCCUGAGCCCCGGGUCGCUGGCGGCGGCGUGGGAGAGGAAGGCGCUGCUGCGGCCGGGGACGCCGUCCAUGUACUCUGACGAGUCCGUGACCACGACUGGCGGUGAGAAGGAGCCGGUGCUGCUCAACCUUUUUGCCUGAGGCCGCCCGUCGUGGCCAGCAAAUCCUAAUCCAUGCGUGCGCGGGUUCGGUGUUUCUUAACCACCGUGUGGUGCACCGUGCAUCCCGACGGCGAAGUAUUACUUAUUUUUUUCCUCGCCGGCGAGGCUAUUUUCUUGCUUCCCUAAAUUUUGUUGUGUAGUAGUAGAAAAGAAAUUAGCAGGCGGCCUGGACGGCCCCGUUUGCGUGGGCGAGAUGACAACGCCGGUGGCCACAACCAGUAACCAUUUUUCUUUUGUUCCUUCGAAUUAUAUAAAUAAAACUAAACUGAGUUCGAUCUUUUA